UAACCUAACACAGCUUCAUAGCCCGCCAGGAAAAUGAGUCAUAUGGUCAGCCAUAGCGCGCGUACUCAAAUUCGUUUUCCUUUUCUCUGCUUUUGCUGGCCUAAGCUUCACCUUCUUCGUUUCACCGUCUGUCACAAUGCCUUCUCUCCCUCUCUCUUCUCAGAACCUCCAAGAUCUCUUCGAUGCCGUCGAAGCUUUCGUCUUCGAUUGCGAUGGUGUCAUUUGGAAGGGUGAUAAGCUUAUUGAUGGUGUUCCACAAACUUUGGAUAUGCUCCGGUCCAAGGGGAAGAAGCUGGUGUUUGUGACUAACAAUUCCUCGAAAUCCAGGAGACAGUACGCUGAAAAAUUCCAAUCUUUAGGAAUUUCGGUUUCCGAGGAGGAGAUUUUCUCCUCGUCCUUUGCUGCUGCCAUGUACUUGAAGAUCAACGAUUUUCCCUCAGAAAAGAAGAUUUAUGUAAUUGGUGAGGAAGGUAUACUGGAGGAGUUGCGGCUUGCCGGCUUUACUGGUCUUGGUGGUCCAGAAGAUGGGAAUAAAACGGUACAGCUGAAGCAGAAUCGCUUCUUUGACCAUGAUAAGAGUGUUGGAGCUGUUGUGGUAGGAAUAGAUCCAUACAUUAACUACUACAAGCUUCAGUAUGGAACCCUUUGCAUACGGGAGAACCCAGGAUGCCUUUUUAUGGCCACGAACCGGGACGCAGUUGGUCAUAUGACUGCCUUGCAAGAAUGGCCUGGUGCCGGUUGUAUGGUUGCUGCCAUUUGUGGAUCAACCCAAAAGGAGCCUAUCGUAGUUGGGAAGCCAUCCACAUUUAUGAUGGACUUUUUAAUACAGAAAUUCAACAUAAGUCCAUCCAAGAUGUGUAUGGUGGGAGAUAGACUAGACACUGAUAUUUUGUUUGGACAGAAUGCUGGCUGCAAAACUAUUCUUGUACUUUCAGGUGUAACAUCAGAACCUGAUCUGAGACACCCUUCAAAUAAUAUUCAACCAGACUACUACACGGGCCAACUAUCCGAUAUGCUGAAACUUUCUGGGGCUUAAAUGAAUACCUUCCAAUUUGGACAUCCCUUUCAAGCCUUGGGGAAUUAUUUUUCAAUUGCAGUUAGUCCACGAAAAAGCUACAUGCUCAAAUUGAGAGCAACAGAUCCAUAAUAAUACAUUAAUUAUUACUUUGGGACGUUUGAUUGUUUCCCCAUUCUUCUUAAUAUUAUUACUGUUGUUAUUUUGA